AUGGGAGUACCUUCCCUUCCCUGGCAAAGACUGCACAUUGACUUUGCCGGAUCAGUCGAGGGAAAGAUGCUCAUGGUAGUGAUCGAUGCCCACAGCAAGUGGCCGGAGAUUUUCGUGAUGGAGAUCACCACUGCUGAAGAAACCGUUAGCAUGCUGCGUUCUCUGUUUGUCCGCAUGGGACUCCCUGACCAUAUGGUGUCAGACAAUGGUCCACAGUUCACGUCUGAAACCUUUAGGAAAUUUACAACUGCGAACGGUCUAAAGCAUGUCACUGGUGCACCUUACCAUCCAUCAACCCAUGGUCAGGCGGAAAGAUUAGUACAGAGUUUCAAGAAAGGAGUUAAGGCUGACAAGUCCAGUAGAACCCUGCAACACAAGCUUGAUAGGUUCCUGUUAGCUUAUCGAUCAGCGCCACACGCCACUACUGAGCUUAGCCCUGCACAGCUUCUCCUGGGUCGGAAUGUUAAGACAAGGUUGGACCUGAUUAAGCCAGAUGUUACAAGGAAAGUCAACAAGAAGUUGCUCCAUGCCGGUCAUUUGGUUAAACCACCUCCUAAGUUGAAGGACUAUGUUUGCGGCUAG